CCAUAUUUCAUAGUUGUAGUUCCGCUAUUAGCCCUAAACAGCACGGGUUUAUGCCUAGUAGGUCUACUUCAACUAAUCUCAUGUCUUUUGUUUCCAAUAUUUUUAGCUCUUUUGAGACCGGUACCCAACUUGAUUCAAUAUACACUGACUUUCAUGCUGCAUUUGAUAGUUUACCUCACUCUUUAUUAUUAGCUAAACUAUCUAAACUUGGUUUUGGUGCUGGCAUUAUAAGCUGGCUGUCCUCGUACUUAAGUAAUCGAUCUUGCAGGGUUAAAACCGGGUCGUACUUAUCUGAGGAGAUUUUUGUAUGUCAGUUGUCCCUCAGGGUUGUGUGCUAUAUCCUGUUCUGUUUUCUUUGUUCAUCAAUAAUGUUUGUAAUGUUUUACCUCCUGACGGUCAUCUCCUUUAUGCGGAUGAUAUCAAAAUCUUUUUACUUGUGUCUUCUUCUUCUGAUUGUUUGAGACUUCAGCAUUACCUUAAAGCAUUUGUUCAUUGGUGUUCAUCCAAUUUACUUCGCCUGUGCUCUGAAAAUUGUUCUGUUAUUUCUUUCUCUCACUCUCUUUCUCCUAUUUUUUUCAACUAUACUCUCUCUAACUCGUUCCUCUCUCGUGUAAUGUCCAUCCGUGACCUUGGUAUUAUACUCGACAGUCGUCUUAACUUUAAACUGCAGCAUGAUGAGGAUCUACUAAUAGCUGAUCGAACCCUUGGGUUUAUUUUACGUUUUACCUAUUUUUAGAGAUCAAAGCUUCCUAAGAAACCUUUAUUCUACUCUGGUAAAGCCUCUUCUUGAAUAUGCUAGUAUCAUCUGGAAUCCUCCUACUAUUGAUGCCUGUUCGAGAAUUUAAAGCAUUCAGCGCAUCUUUACCAGGAUUGCUUUUCGUCGUUUGUUCGGUGCUGCCUCACUACCUCCCUAUGAAACGCGAUUGCAGUUAUUCAAUAUUCACUCUUUAAGCUUCCAUUGCCAAGUGUCUCAGGCAUGUUUUAUUGGUGGCUUAUUACUUUCUGAUACUGAUGCUCCUGAUUUACUCUCGUCCAUCUCGCUGUAUGUUCCAUCUCGUUCUCUUCGAUCCUCUGUCAAUUGAAACACGUCAUACUCUUCAUACUUUCAAUGAUCCUAUUCUAUCCUGUUUCAGGUUGUUUAACCACUUUUACCAUCUCUUUGAUUUCGACUUCUCUCUCAACUCUUUCCGUUACCGUUUUUUUUCUUCUAAUUCUCUUUAAUUAUUCUUCUAAGUUUUCACUAAGUUUAUGAUGGUCUCUACGCUCUACCUAUGUUUUUUUUUCUUUAAUUUUUUUGUUAGGUCAAGACUUGUUUAGUUAGGCUUAGUUUUUCAUGAAUUAUUUUGUUUAUUUGUUAGGGUUUAUUUAGUUUUAAGUAUGUUUUAUUUAGCCUUGAUGGCGGAUAUUGAAUAAAUAAAUGAAAUGAAAUGAAAUGAAAUUAUCCGAAAGAGAGGAGGUGAAUUCAGCCAUCGGAUAAAAAAACCCAAUUUGCUAGCAUUGCUAGCGGAGCUUUCGCUUCAUGGUCAGUAUCCCCAGAAAAUAUAUGGAAUUCAGUUAACAGCACAUAUUUUUUUAGCUUUAAUUUACUUCUACAUCUUCAUAAUACCUUGCUAGCAAAUCUGGCAUAGAGUCCUUGCGGGUUGCUCUUGCUUGACACUUGUUAGCAAUUUCCGGUGAAUGUGGUAACUGUGCUGAUUUUUAGAUCGCACUGCUACACAAUGCAUAUAACUGAAGUUCAUUUUUUUCAUCAAGUUCAUCGUAAACUAUCGAUUAUCAUCGAUCGUUGGUCACAAAGGGCCUCAAAGACUUCCUUAUGGGUGAAUUUACGUGUGCACGCUCACCAUUUUAAAAAUAACAAAGACACCACGAGCUACUCCACCUGGAUGACCAGACACCAGCCAGCCCCAAUCAGCGCGAUCUUCCAAAUGGUACAGAUACGGUCGUUGAUGAUGGUGCUGCUACAUUAUUAAAAUACAUACCCGCUACGCUGCACGGUCCCAGUGAGCGAGUAGAUACGUUCGCUUUUUUAGACGACAGCUCUACAUCCACGUUCAUGGAGCAUGAGCUGCUUAAGGAGCUGGAAGUUAGCGGAACACCGCACCCGCUAUGUCUACAAUGGACAGGAGAAGUGACGAGAGAAGAAAAAGAAUCGGUAAGGCUAUCAGUGCGCAUAUCGGGUCGCGGCAAGUCACAUGCGAUACACGAGCUAGUUGCAGUACACACGGUCAAAGAGCUCACCCUUCCGGCACAAUCUCUCAACGUAGCACAACUGACAGCCCAAUAUACUCAUCUGAGAGACCUGCCAUUCGAGCCCUACGCUAACGCCGUACCCCGCAUCCUCAUAGGCAUCGAUAAUUGCCGCAUUACACGAGCCCUAAAAAGCGUGGAUGGAAGGUGUAAUGAACCGGUCGCUUCGAAAACCCGGCUAGGGUGGGUUGUCUACGGGCCUUGCUCGGUUGCGAGAGUAAAGCCGAAUUUCACAGGCAGCUCGAUUCAAAAAUGUUCGUGUAGUUUCGCGCCAGACGAACUUCUAAACGGCGCUGUGAAGCAAUAUUUUAAUCUGGAGUCGAUCGGCAUUGACAAAUCAGUACGGCCGCUGCGGUCUAAGGAUGACGAAAGGGCGUUGACCAUACUUGAGCGAGAGACGAAGUUCGACGGGCAGCGAUACGAGACGGGACUUUUAUGGCGGUACGACUGCGUAAAUCUGCCUUGCAACAAAGCCAUGGCGCUAAAGCGGUACGCUUGUCUGAAACAGAAGAUGUUGAAAGAUCCGAUAUUAGCUGAUGCGGUAAAAGAAAAAAUAAAAGAGUAUAUGGCAAAAGGGUAUAUACGGCGCUUGAGCAACGAAGAAAUGUCAAGAAAGCAUGCAAACGACUGGUAUCUCCCCAUCUUCCCGGUGACCAAUCCAAAUAAGCCCGGCAAGAUACGCAUGGUGUUCGACGCUGCGGCCAAGGUGAACGGUGUUUCCCUCAACUCGCUUCUGCUAGCCGGACCGGAUUUGCUGGCUGGACUGCUUGCCGUUCUGCUUAAAUUCAGAGAGUUCCGUGUUGGCGUUGUCGGAGAUAUCCGGGAGAUGUUUCACUGCGUAGGAAUAAAGAAGGAAGAUCAACGCAGCGAAAUGAUCCUUUGGGGCGAAAGUAAUCGCGGUGAUCCUGACGUUAAUGUAGUCACUGUGAUGACGUUUAGAGCAGCCUGCUCGCCGACGAGCGCGCAGUUCGUUAAGAACCGAAAUGCAGAACGAUACAGGAAGGAUUUUCCACGGGCGGUGGACUGCAUCAACGAAGAGCACUAUGUCGACGAUAUGCUCGCCAAUGUGGAAACAGAAGAAGGCAUUCGAGCUCGCUGACACGGUUCGCUAUAUACACGCGAAGGGUGGUUUCGAGAUUCGGAAUUGGGCGUCGAAUUCACGCGAGGUGAUAGCCAUGCUGCAAGCAGCACCAGCCGACGGGAAGGACAUCCAGAUGGGAAAUGAUCCCCCUACCGAGAAGGUGUUGGGGAUGUGGUGGAUACCGCGUCAGACACAUUCACGUUUCGAUUAUCCCCAAAAUAUGAUGAGGACUUGUUAGCUGGACGCAGGCGGGCGACGAAACGCGAAAUCCUGAAAACGCAGAUGAGUCUAUACGACCCGAUGGGACUCGUGGGUCACUUUAUAAUGUAUCUUAAAGUCCUACUACAAGAGAUAUAGCGAGGCGGAUUCAGUUGGGACGAAGAACUGGACGGUGGAAUAGCAGACAAAUGGACUACUUGGCUACGAGUGCUUCCUGCGGUACAGAACGUGACAAUACCAAGAUGCUAUCGAUAUGUUUGCUCGACGAACGCGAAAAGAGAACUGCACGUCUUUUGCGACGCCAGUGAGAACGGAAUGGCUGCGGUAGCCUACCUGCGAUUUGAAGAAGGCGACCAUAUAGAAUGUGCUCUGGUAGGUUCCAAAACGCGUGUUGCCCCACUAAAGUUUCUGUGCAUCCCCAGACUGGAACUCCAAGCCGCAGUCAUAGGAGCACGGUUAGCGGACACCAUUCGUCGAAGUCAUCGGCUGGAGGUUAGUCGCACCAUCUUCUGGACGGACUCACGUAACGUGCUGAGCUGGCUACAUUCCGAUCACAGGCGUUACAACCAGUUCGUAGCGUUUCGAGUAGGCGAGCUGCUCGAAAGCACCGAUCCGGAACAAUGACGCUGGACACCGAUGAAGAUGAACGUCGCGGACGACGGGACGAAAUGGACAAAGUUGCCGGACCUGUCGGCACAAGGGCGCUGGUUUCGUGGCCCAUCAUGCCUUUGGGAAUCAGAGGAUGCAGGCCACAUAUUGACGCAAGAAGAGACACACCAGAGGAGCUUCGGAAGAACGUACAUUACCAUCGAGUCGUCGAAUCACUCGUUGUACUCGAACGGUUUUCGAAAUGGAACCGGAUGUUACGAGCUGUAACGUUCGUUAUUCACUUCGUGGCCAAUAUCCGACGCCGCAUACCUAAAGAAACUGGCCCACUAACACAGGAAGAGCUAGCGGAAGCCGAACGCGUGUUAAUUCGGCAAAUACAAGGCAAGGCAUAUGACAGUGAAAUCACCAGUCUACGAAAACAGGCCAUACAGAAACACCCGUGGAAAAAGGUAUCGCGCGAAGCAGCAGCAUCUACAAACCUUCGCCUAUCCUGGACGACCAGGGGAUACUGAGAGUGGGAGGCAGGUUGGUAGAAGGCACAGGCAUCAACGAACACUCACGGAACCCGAUCAUCCUACCUUGGCAAGACUACGGAACUGACCUGAUAAUUCAAAACUAUCACGAGCGCUACAAGCACGGCAACCACAACACCGUGUUAAGCGAAUUGAGGGCGCGGUAUCAUAUUCCGAAGCUACUGGGGGAGUAUAGACGCGUUAGGAAAGGCUGUCAGAGGUGCAAAAUAAACAACGCGAAGCCAGAACCACCACAAAUGGGUAACUUACCGCCACAACGUGUCGCAAUUGCUCAGCGUGCCUUUUCAUUCACAGGUAUCGACUAUUUCG